UAGUUAUCUAUUGGCAUAUGGAAACUAGGUUAUACUGACAUGAGUUUGUAAUUGUGAUUAAUCCAGACAGAGUUUCAAUGUGAAGAAAUGGAGUCCACCUCCACAGAUGAUUUCAAAACUGCCCGCGUAAAAUUUCAAUUACAAAGACAGUGCUCGUUUGGCCAGCACUUUUGGGUAGUUGGUGAUGAUCCCAUAUUGGGUUCAUGGGAUCCAUCAAAUGCAGUGCCGCUCACCUGGUCAGACGGGCAUGUUUGGACUGUUGAGAUGGAUUUUCCGUGUGGGAAAUCUAUCAACUACAAAUUCAUACUGAAAGGAGCUGGUAAUGCUAUCUUGUGGCAACCUGGCCCUGAUAGGGUUCUAGAUGUAUGGGAAACAAGCAACACGGUAACAGUUUGUGAAGAUUGGGAUAAUAUUGAACUUCGGAAGAUUAUGGAGGAGGAACUCUUAGCUGGGGAACGAGGAGAAUCUCCAACUGAUACAGAAGUGCUGAUAGCUGAGAAUUCGAUUCAGGAAAGGAUAGACACAGAUGCUAAUGCAAAUGAACCUGUUCAGAUAGUUGCGGAAAAUAUAACUGGUGCUGAUGAGGAUGUUAAUGCUAGUAAUGCAUCUGGUUCGAGUUCGAAUGAUGCCACUUAUAUAGAAGAGACUGUGACAUCAGGACCGACUGAUUUUGGCAAAAGCGGGACAGCAGUGCACGGUGGGAAUUUAAGUUCAAACGGUGAAGCACGUUUAGAUUUUGAUGAAGGGCUCGCUAUUUUGGUUCCUGGCUUGCAUCAAGUUUUAUCGGUGGAGACUGAAGCAAUGCCAUCAAACGAAAUUCAGGUGGAAACUGUUGCUGAAAAUUCGCUUGGCCCCCGUGAAGCUGAGGAGUUCAAGUUGCAAGAGGAGCGCUUAGAGUUGGAUUCAAAGGAAGAUUUCCAAACAGACUCUUCAAAUGACGAAGAAGCCUCAGAAAUGAAGACUACCGACAUCAGUGGAAUUGUACACCAGUUGGAUUCGAAGGAAGAGUUUCAAACAGACUGUUCAAAUGACGAAGAAACCUCAGAAAUGAAGACUAGCGACGUCAGUGGAAUUGUACACCAGUUGGAUUCGAAGGAAGAGUUUCAAACAGACUCUUCGAAUGACAAAGAAACCUCAGAAAUGAUGCUUACCGACAUCAAUGGGAUCGAGGAUAACGGGCAUGUACAAGAACCGGAGUCGGAAGUGUUGAAAGAGUAUCAGCGUGAUACGCAGCAACUGGAGACUAGAGUGGCUGAAAGUGACCUUCAAUGGGGUAGACAAACAAUCAAGAAAAUCCUUACCAAUUUCGGGUGGUUGUAAAUAUCACCCAGAAAAACCAGACUCGCAAAACAUCAGUUCUUUGCAACUAGAUGAAGAAGAGCAGGCCAGGUAAAGAUAUAUCAAAGAGGAAACUUGUAGGGUUUACAGCUUUGAGUGAGGUUUGUAAUAUAGGUAAUGGUUUUAUACCUCAUUAGAGGGAGGUGUGCAAUCACGCAAUAAGAUGAUCUUUGUACCAUAAAACGACUAGUGCUUGGCACUAGAUAAAUUGCCUCGGAAAUCCAGAGCACAAGCGUUAGUCUUAAAUGUUACCUUUGCUCCGUAAA